AUGUACAGACCAGCUUUAUUAAAUAACUCCAACAGAUUCAUUGCAUCCAAUUUUAUUAGAAAUUUUUCUAAUUCAAGAAUUGUUAGAUUAGCAAUUCCAACUAGUCAAAAGGGUGUUAUUUUUGAAACUAAUGGUGGUCCAUUGAUUUACAAAGAUAUUCCAGUUCCAGUUCCUAAACCAAAUGAAAUUUUAAUCAAUGUUAAAUAUUCUGGUGUUUGUCACACUGAUUUACAUGCCUGGAAGGGGGACUGGCCAUUAGCCACAAAAUUACCUUUAGUCGGUGGUCAUGAAGGUGCUGGUGUUGUUGUUGCCAAAGGUUCUGAAGUUAAAAACUUUGAAAUUGGUGAUUAUGCUGGUAUUAAAUGGCUUAAUGGCUCAUGUAUGUCCUGUGAAUUAUGUGAAUUGGGUUAUGAAUCCAACUGUGCUAAAGCCGAUUUAUCAGGUUAUACUCACGAUGGUUCUUUCCAACAGUAUGCUACAGCUGAUGCUGUUCAAGCUGCCAUGAUUCCCAAAUCUGCUGACUUGGCUCAAAUUGCACCAAUUUUAUGUGCUGGUGUCACUGUUUAUAAAGCUCUUAAAUCUGCUGAUUUGCAACAAGGCCAGUGGGUGUGUAUCUCUGGUGCUGGUGGUGGUUUAGGCUCUUUAGCUAUUCAAUAUGCUAAAGCCAUGGGUUUCAGGGUCAUUGGUAUUGAUGCUGGUUCAAAAGAAGCUCUUUGUAAAGAAUGUGGUGCCGAAGAGUUUGUGGAUUUUUCCAAAACUAAAGAUUUGGUUGCUGAAAUCCAAGAAAAGACCAAAGGUGGUCCUCAUGGUGUUAUCAACGUCUCUGUCUCUGAAAAGGCUAUUUCAACUUCAUGUGAAUAUGUUAGACCAUGUGGUAAAGUUGUUUUAGUUGGUUUGCCAGCCGAUGCUGUUUGCAAAUCUGAAGUCUUCUCCCAUGUUGUCAAAUCUCUUAAUAUCAUUGGUUCCUAUGUUGGUAACAGAGCUGAUACAAGAGAAGCAAUUGAUUUCUUUAGCAGAGGUUUAGUUAAAUCACCAAUUAAAGUUGUUGGAUUAUCAGAAUUACCAGAAGUCUAUAAAUUAAUGGAAGAAGGCAAGAUUCUUGGUCGUUAUGUUCUUGAUACUGCUAAAUAA